AUGUUGCGAUCCGUCACUUUCGGAGCAAGUCUUUGCAUCGUGGCUGCAGCUUACGCCGUUCAGGCAGCUCCCGUUACGAGCAGCGGUGUUCGUCUCUUGUAUCAGAACGACCUCGACUGGAACAAGGCCGAUUCCUCUGCUCGUCAGGCCGGCUACCUCCUUCUCUCCUCUCCUUGGGCGUCGAGCGAUGCUGAUACCCAUUGUCGAAACCUUGGCGAAUCGCUUGCGCCUUCUUCUGCCAGCACCGACGCCGGUCUGCAAGCUCAGCUCAAUUACCUCGUCCUCGACGGAUCCUACUCUUCUGCUCAGACCUAUUGGCUAUCAAGUGGCAACGCGCUGACCACCUCGAAGAACAGCAACGGCGCCACCGUAUUUCAAGUCUCGCGUCCUAGCAGCAGCAGCAAGUACCCCGCACUGUGCACCCAAAGCGCGCCUUGGAACACGGCCAACGCGACCGACACCUCCUCGUCAUGGCGCGUAAGCACCCAAAGCAAUGGUGUCCAGUACACCGGCUUCCGCGAUGCGCUUUCUUUCCGCUUUCAGUCCGUUCCUUACGCCAACCCCACACAGCGGUUCGAGUACUCGACCGUCUUCGACCCCAAGGUUGCCCUCACCAGCAACGUCCUUGCGUUGCAAACCGGUCGAGCUAACCAGUGCCCCCAGCUGGGCUCCAACGCGCCGUUCACCGAACAGUGCUUGGUCACCAACAUCUUCACUCCCUACCUGCCGUCCGCUGCUGAAGCAGCCGACAGCAAAAAUCUCAAGCCUGUGCUGGUCUGGAUUCAUGGAGGAGGUUACAUGUCUGGAACCGGUCUGGACUUCACAUUCGAUAGUGGAGGACUCUCGAGCCGGUCCGAUGUCGUGGUGCUGACCAUCAACUAUCGUCUGGGUUCGCUCGGAUAUCUGGCGUACAACGAUCAGAUCAAGGGAAACUACGGAGUUGGAGAUGUGGUGACAGCGCUCCAAUGGGUGCAGAAAUACAUCAAGGACUUUGGUGGUGAUCCCAACAAGGUCACCAUUGCAGGUCAGUCGGCGGGUGCACAACAGGUGGAGAACAUGCUCGCUUCUCCUGCCGCAGCUGGGCUCUUCCAUCGUGCGAUCGUCAUGAGCGGAAAAGGUCACGAUGACAAGUUUCUCUAUAGGACCACGGACCAAGCUCGUUCGUAUGGAGGAGCUGAUGUCGUGAAAGCUGUUGGAUGCGAUGCAGCUAUCGACGUGCUCGCGUGUCUUCGGACGAAGAGUGUUAACGCUUUUCUGGCAAACCCGAUCAACUACGUGGUGCAGGACGGUACCUACAUAAACUCGCCGCGUCUCGACAUGAGACCGCCGGGACAGGCACAGGGACACGUCAACCGAGUCCCCGUGAUCUGGGGUACGAUGCGCGACGAGCUAGCCUCGCUCGGCAUCGUCCCUCCUGCUUCUGAGACCGACCUCGCCAAGGCGAUGGACACAGCAGGCAUCUCGUCCAACUACAGCAACAUGGUGCUCAACAGCCCCACCACCUUCUCGGUUGCUCAGUACGGUGUUCAGAACCUCACCGUGGCGGUCAACACCGAGAUCAAGUAUCGUUGCGGUAUCCAAGCUAUGGCAUACGCCUCUGCUGUCAACAACGUCUUCCCCUCGGUCUACGCGUAUUUCUACGACCAGCGAUCGUACCAGAUUCCCAACUACGACCCACAAGGUGUCUGUCAACCCAAGGAAGGCAACCUCGAUCCUAGGAGCUACUACAUGUGUCACUCGGGUGACCUGAUGACCCUGUUCCACACCACAGGAUCCGGUUUCCGACUACCCUACCGUGACAACAACGAUCUGCCAUGGAUGGCAAGCAUCAUGGAUCAGUUCGCUGCAUUCAUUCGAACGGGAAACCCUGCUCCGUCCGAAUCGUACCUGAGAACGAGGGCUUCGAUCUUUGCGAUAAGCACUGCAUUCUCCAGCACCUAUCGUCGUCUGCUCUACCGGCUGUCAGCACAUUAUGCGACUCUAAUCCAAUUGCGGCUUCGAGCACACCAUCCAGAGCUUACCCACAAGCAGGCCUUUCCCCGCAUCUCUUCCACCAUCAUGCCUUCAAGCUCUUCGGCAACGGCGUUUCAAGCCGUCGUCAACCCUGUGGCAGCAGCUAUCUCCCCUCGCACCGCUCACUCCGAGACCUUUGCUGCACAUCCAUCGUCCGCCAUGCACGGAGCCUCGCGUAUCCAGGAUGAAGAUCUUGAAGGCGAGGCGGACGCUGACGAGGACGACGAAGACGCCGAAGACCUCGACGGCAGCGAAGCGCAUCACAACAUGAUCAACGAGUCAACAGUCAAGUCUGGCUACCUGGAAAAGAAGGGCGAGAAACGCAAGACAUGGAAGAAGAGGUGGUGGGUCCUUCGUUCCUCUAAACUCGCCUAUUACAAAAAUGACAAGGAGUAUCAGCUCCUUCGCUUUAUCGACGUCGGCGAUAUCAAGACCGUCGCUUCGGUCGAGCUCAAGAAGAGCGUCAACACAUUUGGCAUCGUCACGCCUAAACGAACCUUCUACGUGCGGGCUUCCUCCAGGGCUGACAUGGAGUCUUGGAUUCGGGUGCUCAACGAGGUCAAAACUCAGUAUGCGCAAAGCAGCACCAUGACCCAAGAAAUGGCUGCGUUGGAGCUCGCCAAUGCCGAAACACCCGCGCCUUCCUCUACGCUUCCACCAUCGCAGGCCAAACGACGCUCGCUCUCGCAGGAGAGAAUGCAGUCAUCCAACGCCGUGCCAAUCAAGAUCGGCAUUCCCGGUCAGGGCACUUUCGCGGCUCCGGCACAGCCCAGACCCAUUCCUGGUUCUGCUGCCUUCAGUCCCCUGACGGCUACGAGCGAUAGCGAAACGAGUGCCGACCGCUACGGACUCAGCUACACCAGCUCCGCAAGCCAUUCCAUCUCGGGCAGCCCUUCGACGCGCACGGAUCCCACGCAGUCGUUCCUGGCGGCUGGACAGUCGCCUGGUGGCGGCCAUGCAUCGGGAAGCGAGCUGAGCGACAUGAGCGGACACCAACGUCGUCCCUCGGGCGGGUUCGGCACUUUCCCGCGUCAACGCAGUGUCAGUUCAAGUCGUAGGUUGGCAUCCUACUCGAGCGGAGCUGCCGAUCCGCCGGCCAGUCCUAGCCUUCCACCGAGCGGUGGCGGUGGGAACCAGGUGCUCAGCAGCUCAGACGAGGAGGACGAGUGGGACGAGGAGGAAGUAGCGGAUCAGGCCAUGCCGUUGCCGGCGCUAGGUUCGUCGCAGGCGUCUCAGCAGCAAUUGUCACAACACAUGCAGGCGCCGUCGCAGCAACAACAGGCGCAACCUUCCGGGCUCAGCAUCGCACCACUGCCGCCGGCUGGGGGCGAUCUCAGUCGCGACCCGAACAAAGUCAUCACGCAGGGCUACUUGAUGAAGCAGAGCGGUAGGCGCAAGGUGUGGCGCAAGCGGUGGUUUGUGCUCACGUCGUCACGUUUGCUGUACUCGCGUAGUCAUAUGGAUUCCAAGGCGCAUCGGCAGAUUCCGAUUGCAGCGAUGCUGGAUGCCAUCGAGUACGAGUCCAAGAAGCCUUCGUCGGGCGUACCCACGUCACCGGGCAUCGGGUCUCCCAAUUCGAAUCCGUUUGGCUUUGAGAGCAACAGCGGGUUUGGCGAACGUGACGGUAACACGCCCUUUUCACCUGGAACGGGAGCGUCUGCGGCACCACCCGAGAAGCCAGAACGAAGGGGUAGCAUGGUAGCGGCUGCAGCAGGAGUCGCGUCCAACAUGACGGCCGGUAUGGUGGGCAGCAGCAAGAAACGCAAGGAGAACUGUUUCCAGAUCAUCACGCCCAAGAGGACGUUCAUCUUGUGUGCGCCAGGCGAGGACGAGGAGAUCAAGUGGAUCAGCGCGUUGAAGACGUUGAUUACGAGACAGCGGAAUGGACAGACUCCGGGUGCGUACGAGGGCCUCCCUGACGGCUGCCUCCACCUCGCCCGCCUGCACGAGCGUAGCGUCGUUCGGGAGCUGGAGCGUGACAUCUACGAAGGUGCUGACGCCGCUCUUGACGGCCCUGAGAUCCUUCCAUCCCUUGAGCAGCGGGUGGGAGGAUUGGACGGCGACGAUGGCCGAGUCGAGGGUGCGCAGGGUGUCCGGUUCGACGCCGCGGUCCGAGAGUUCGCCGAGGGCGCCGAUGAGGAGGUCUGCGCCUUGCUUGCCGAUCAACCCGGCGACGAGCAGCCCGCCGAGCGGGUCGAGCACGGGGAAGCCGAGGUACGACCCGCCGAUCGCCAGGAAGGUCACGGCGGACGAGAGAGAGUCCGAUCGAUGGUGCAGCGCAUUCGCUUCGAGCACGGACGAGUUUUCCUGACGUGCGAUUUUCAGGGUAGCGUGGUACAGCCAUUCCUUGACCGCGAUGGACAGCAGUGCGAACCACAUCGCGUUGGGAUCCAACACCCCGCCACCGCCACUCGCAUCGGCUGCGGCAGAAGCGUGAUCGUGAUGGUCAUGCAGCAACCCACCUUUGCUAGCCAGACUUCCUGUGAACUGUCCGAACGCCUGCAGCGCCGCCGGAGCGUGCUGCAGCGUCGGCUGCAACGCCUCGAGCAGCAGUCCGUACGAAUGGAAUCCGAUCCCCACCGCGCCCGCCACCAGCACCAAACUCACACCCAGCGAUCCCAUCGUCUCGUACUUGCCAUACCCGAGCGGGUGCGACGCCGACGGUGGCUUCUGCGACAUCUUCCAACAAAACAGCGUCACGAGAUCCGCAAACAUGUCGGACAGGCUGUGCGCCGCAUCCGCCAGCAGCGCCGCCGAGUUGAGGUAGACCCCGGCGACGCCCUUGGCACCACACAGCCCGACGUUGGAUACCAGACCGGCGAGGGUGAUGUUGGAACCGCGGUCUCCUUUGCCCUUGAGCGCGGCGAGGAGUUGAUCCGCCUCUUCGGCCGAGCCAUGGUCGUGGUGGUGACCGUGACCGUGGUGGUGGUGGUGUCCGAGGACGCUGACAGGCCCGCAGAAUGCAUUUCCAAUUCAAUUCCGCCGUCACGAGUCAAGCGGUUCCCGAUCCCAGCCUGUCACGCCUUUUCAGGCAAAUGCAGUUCCGGACGUCAGUUUUGGCAGUCCUGCAAUGUGCUCCUCCACGAGGACCGGAUCAGUCACUGCGAAGGUGACUUGCGUACCCGGCAACAGCCUCCCACGCAUCUCAGAUCUCACAUCGCAAACGCGCAGCACAUUGCAGUUGGGUGA